AUACUUCCACAAAACAGACCACUGCUCCUCGGCAUCCAUAUCUCAUUUCCUUUCACCUUCCACGCAUCCUACACAGUGCCGGCCCAGCCGUCGGAAACACCGUACUUGCAAAACUCCGGUCAUGGGUCUCCUUUUCACUUUUUGUAGUAGUAACAAAAAUCAAUACCAGUUCUGAGUUCAGAAAUCAAAUGUCCAACAUUCCUUCUUCUCUCUCUGAGAUUUGCCUAACCCAGUUUCGUCUUAUCAUGUCCAUUGCAGAUCCAUGGCCUUUCUCAUAAGCUCUCAAGAAUCUUAUCAAAAUCCUCUCUCUCUCCAUUCAUUUUCUAUUAAACCAAAGCUAUCUACUGCACUGUUUCUUGAUUUUAUCUUGUAAGACUCACAAAUCAGACGAGGCUGUUCAGAAAUAUGAGGAAAAUUAGGGGAUUUAAGCUUGGACGACGCCUUAUCCGAAUCUCCAGAUGGAUCUUCCGGAGAGCUCGACCCGGAGGAUAUCGGAGGUUGGGUUCCCAUGAUUCGCCGGCGACGAAGACCGUAGCAAGCAUUCUCAAAUGGGGACGCAAGCUUACCAGAGGAGCCAGAUCCCUCUGCUGCGCGAAGCCCAGGUUGGGAUAUAUUCCGGUGGGAUCCGACCCGGUACAGGACAAGCCUCCUGCAGUACCGAAGGGUUACUUGGCGGUGUACGUUGGGCAGAAGGACGGCGAGUUUCACCGGGUGCUGCUGCCGGUGAUCUACUUCAACCACCCUUUGUUUGGAGAGUUGCUUAGGGAGGCGGAGGAGGAGUUCGGGUACAACCAUCCCGGGGGGAUAACGAUUCCGUGUCCGUUCACCGAGUUUGAACGGGUGAAGACCCGAAUAGCAUCCGGGUCAGCCAGGACUGGCCGGAGAUUGGCGUGGAGUGGGCUCCAUUGAAGGAUCAAGCGGACAUACACGAAGGCACGCGUCUUUAAUUUUUCUGCCACCAGAAUAGACCGUGGGAGGGAUAUCGAGGUUAACAUUAAAUUAAACUAUUAAUUUUAAUUUUAAUGUUAAUGACUCUCAAUCUUUUUCUCUUCCAUUGCUUCAACAGAAGAUUCAUUUUUCACUUCAAACGUCGAUGUGUCACAUAUUAUAUACUUGUAGAGUAAAUAAAUCGAUAAUAGCUAUAAGCAAUUAUUUUGCUGGAUUUAUGAUUUAUAUGUAUCGUUGUUUGGGUUUGAUAAAUUAACAUCUAAUCACGAUUUGAUAUGUAUUUAAGAAA